AUGUCCUCGGCUACAGAAGGCAAGCCACUCGCUGACAACAGCACACCCAAGCAAGACUCCAAGCUCGAGAAAGCGAAACAUGGAAUCUCUUAUGGAAUUUAUUCAAUAUUCAAUGGCUUCGGUGGGAUAUAUGCCUCACCGCCCGAAAUGAGCGAGAAGAAUAAGCAAAAUGCAAUAGAGAAGAUUAAGAGGAAGGAGAAGGAGCGGGCGGAGAAGAAAGCUCGGAAGGAGGAGGCGAAGGAGGCGAAGAGGGCAGGUGGGAGUGGAGAUGAGGUAAUUAGGUGA